UUGACACUUGUCACAAGACAAUUGUCAGCUGACCCUGUACAUUUUAGAGAUUUUCUUUCGUACGCAGCCAAAUUUUUUGCGUGUAAAAGAAAAAAAGGAACUUUUUCAAGCAAAAAAGAAAAUUUUUAAAGGAAAUUUCUAAAAAACAACUUAAAGAAAAUGUCGGGCAAGGAUAGAUUACCAAUUUUCCCCUCCAGAGGUGCUCAAAUGUUAAUGAAGGGUCGUCUGGCUGGUGCCCAAAAAGGUCAUGGUUUGCUCAAGAAGAAAGCUGAUGCCUUGCAAAUGCGUUUCCGUAUGAUUUUGGGUAAAAUUAUUGAGACCAAAACUCUUAUGGGCGAAAUUAUGAAAGAGGCUGCCUUUUCCUUGGCUGAAGCUAAAUUCACAACUGGCGAUUUCAAUCAAGUUGUUUUGCAAAAUGUCACCAAGGCUCAAAUUAAGAUUCGCACCAAGAAAGAUAACGUAGCUGGUGUUACCCUGCCUGUGUUCGAAUCGUAUCAGGAUGGUUCUGAUACCUAUGAAUUGGCCGGUUUGGCUCGUGGUGGUCAACAAUUGGCUAAAUUGAAGAAGAAUUACCAAAGUGCCGUCAAGCUCUUGGUAGAAUUGGCUUCUUUGCAGACUUCCUUUGUUACCUUAGAUGAGGUCAUUAAGAUUACCAACAGAAGAGUCAACGCCAUUGAACACGUUAUCAUUCCCCGUAUUGAUCGUACUUUGGCUUACAUUAUCUCCGAAUUGGAUGAAUUGGAACGUGAGGAAUUCUAUCGUCUAAAGAAAAUCCAAGAUAAGAAACGUGAAGCUCGUCAAAAGUCCGAAGCCAAGAAGGCUGAACUUUUGAAACAAGGCAUUGAUGUACGUGAGGUUUCCAACAUUUUGGAUGAGGGUGAUGAUGAUGUUCUUUUCUAAAAACAUUAAAAAUAACAAAAACCUUAUAAUAAAGACGUUCUUAGUCUUAUAUUAGCAACAACAACAAUAAUAACAUUAAUUGAAAAAGUUUGUUUUGUUUUUCUUAAAAAAUUUUUGUUUUUUUUCUUUUCUAUUUGUUUAUUUUUUUGAAAGUUUUUCUUAAAAGACACUUUAAAACAGUAUUUAUUUGAAAUUUUUUAAUAUUUUUAUCAAUUCGCUUUAUUUUUCCAAACAAAUUCCAUUAACUAAGUAAAAAAAAAUUAUUGUAAUAUAACUUUAUUUAAAAAAAUAAACGAAUAAACAACUGCUAUGUGUUAUAAAAAUAUA